GUCAAAAGUUUCUGUUUCAACACGCGAUAUAAAUGUCAACAUCGACAUUGUAAGCCUGAAAAAGAAACUCAAACAGGUGAUUAACCGUUCGCGUGGUGUGAUAAUGGUGGACAGUGUUUAUCGUACACGCUCUCUCGGUGUAGGUUUAGUUGGUCUUCCUGAUCAGUAUGCCGACGGUAAAGCAGCGAAAGUGUGGCAGCUGUACAUCGGAGACACUCGGAGCAGGACAGAGGAGUACAAGAGCUGGGUGCUCUCCCUGCUCAGAAAACAUGGGGUUCAGAAGGUGCUGGAUGUAGCCUGCGGCACAGGGGUGGAUUCCAUCAUGUUGGUAGAAGAGGGAUUCAAGGUGGUUAGUGUGGAUGCCAGUGACAAAAUGCUCAAAUACGCUCUUAAAGAGAGAUGGGAGAGGAGAAAAGAGCCCACCUUCGAUAACUGGGUAAUUGAGGAGGCCAACUGGUUAACAUUACCAGAAGAUGUAAAAAAAUCUGGAGAUGGGUUUGAUGCAGUAAUUUGUCUAGGCAAUUCAUUUGCUCAUUUGCCAGACUUCAAAGGGGACCAGAGUGAUCAGAAGCUUGCCUUACAAAACAUAGCCAGCAUGGUGAAACCUGGAGGGAUCCUAAUCAUUGACCACCGUAACUAUGAUUACAUCCUUGAGACUGGCCAAGCACCCCAAGGAAAGAAUAUUUACUACAAGAGUGACAUGAAACAGGACAUCUCCACCUCAGUACUGUGGGUUAAUAGCAAGCCUCACAUGAUCACACUGGACUACACUUUGGAACUGCCUCAACCAGAGGAUGUUCAGACUCCACCUGAUACAAGUAAAUUCCGCCUGUCAUAUUACCCCCAUCGUUUGGAGAGUUUUAAGGAGAUUUUGAGAGCAUCGUUCUUUGGAAAAUGCGAGCACAAUGUAUAUGGAGACUUCAAGCAAUACAUCCCAGGUCAAGGAGAUGUGCCCUGUUAUUUCAUUCAUGUGGUUAAAAAGACUACUUAAAGCAACAUGUAUUCUGCCAUUUUAUUUCAUCUUCACAUGAAAAAAAAAAAACAUGUCAGACAGAAUGUGUUUUUUGUGUUAUGUAAACAUGCGCUAGAUGGAUGUCCCACAUGUCAAAUUACAGAAGUCACAAUAAAAAGAUAAAUGCAUAAAAACCCCUUUAUCACCCAUGAAUAUUAAAGCAUACUGGAAUAUGCUAUGUAAUAUAAACAGAUAAGUAAGCAAUAUAAGAGUGGUUGUCACACAA